AUUGCUACAAUUGCUGGGUCCUGCCGCACCUCGGUCAAGAAGGGGUGUUGGUUGCGGUGUAUCCUUCACAUCGCCCUCCAGCUGGACACGAUUUGCUGAGAACAUAGACUGUCUCCCCGAACAUUUGUCAGAAGAAUGGCUGUCCCCCCCUCAUACGGCGACCUUGGCAAAUCAGCAAAGGAUAUCUUUAAUAAAGGAUAUGGUUUUGGAUUGGUGAAACUUGAUGUGAAGACAAAGUCCUCAAGUGGAGUGGAAUUCAAAACCUCUGGCUCAUCCAACACGGACACCAGCAAAGUCAAUGGGAACCUGGAAACCAAGUACAAGUGGGCUGAAUAUGGGUUGACAUUUACAGAGAAGUGGACCACAGACAACACACUCGGGACAGAGAUUACUGUGGAAGACCAGAUUACUAAAGGGCUGAAACUUACAUUUGACACCACAUUCUCACCAAAUACUGGCAAGAAGAGUGGGAAGGUCAAGACGGCCUAUAAGCGUGAAUAUGUCAACCUUGGCUGCGAUGUAGACUUUGACUUUGCUGGACCUGCCAUUCACGGGGCGGCCGUGGCAGGCUACGAGGGCUGGCUGGCUGGCUACCAGAUGACCUUCGACACUGCCAAAUCCAAGAUGACCCAGAGUAACUUUGCCGUCGGUUACAAGACCGGAGACUUCCAGCUGCACACCAAUGUUAAUGAUGGCACAGAAUUUGGUGGGUCCAUCUACCAGAAGGUGAACGACAAGCUGGAGACUGCUGUGAACUUGGCCUGGACCGCAGGGAGCAACAGCACCCGCUUUGGCAUCGCUGCCAAAUACCAGCUGGACUCCACUGCCUCCAUAUCUGCUAAAGUGAAUAAUGCCAGCUUGAUGGGAGUUGGCUACACUCAAACUCUACGGCCAGGUAUGAAGCUUGUCCUUUCUGCACUGGUCGACGGGAAGAGCAUCAAUGCUGGAGGCCACAAACUGGGACUGGGGCUAGAGUUGGAGGCUUAAGCAUCUCCACAAACCCAGUGACCUCACAGUUAAGGUAAUAUCAGCAGAAACUGGCCUUGCGUGUCUCCAACCCACUCAGCAAAACACUCUCCCACAGGGAUCACCCCCCCCCCCUGUCCUGAUACUGUUAGAUGGCCUCCCUUACAACCACUGUUUAAAUUUGUCGCCAUCAUGUGUUUACUGAGUCUGUUAUUUAUACAGCCAUGUACCUCAACCCUGUUCAGUUCCUGCUAUGAUACACAUCCUUCUAAUUAACGCAAACCUGUAUUUGUUGAUUUGGUUCAUCAGACAAUCCAAGUACAGUUCUAAGAGAAUUUUCAGAUUUUACUUGUGUGAUAAUAUAAUCUGAACAUAGAAUGUAAACCUGAACUUAUUUUGCACACUAGUGGAUACCUUUUUACCUUUUUAUUUAUACCCUACACUCUCCCUUAUCGUUUGCAUAUGUAUUAGCAUUUCAUUAGUAAAAUGCUUUGCCUGUUGUCAUGGCUGCUCCUACUUAAAAAUGCUUACCAACUAGACACCAUUUGAUUGGAUGAUCUGUAUUUAUAAGAUGUUUAUUCUUGCCCACCCUGAGGUCAAAUGCAGGCCUAACCUCGAUUAUCUUGAUCAAACUGCUUCUUAGUUGAACAUGGAAGUUGCAAGACGAUGCCAAAUUGUUUUUUCUCCGUGUGAUUCGAGUGAUGGUACAGAUCUGAGUGCCUCCUCUACAUCCCCCAUAGUUGUGUAAAAUUGAUUGGGAAAUUGAUCAGAAACCUAGUCAGUGUGUAUGUCUACCUUUGCAAUAAAGUCUUUAAACAGAA